CUUUUUGCUGGGAAUCAUGUGCUCGUAUAGAGCAGAACCAGGGAGGGAAGGUUGGAAACUUCACAUUGCAAAUGUCUUGUGCUCUGGAAAUCAGGGACUACAGCUCCCGAGAGGCCUUGCGGGCAGCGGCCAGCCGCAGCCAAUAGAGAGCGGCUUUGCUCAGCGACCGGAACACCGCGGGGCUCGCCGGGAGUUGUAUGCCGCCCAGCAGCUAGUAGAGACGGGAGGGACUCUCCGAAGGGGCUGGACCGGGAGGUGUGAAAUGGCUGCGAAGGUGUUUGAGAGCCUGGGGAAGCUCGGCCUGGGGUUGGCCGUGGCAGGCGGAGUUGUCAAUUCUGCCCUGUACAACGUUGACGCGGGACACAGAGCCGUCAUCUUUGACCGGUUCCGAGGGGUCCAGGACGUGGUGGUGGGGGAAGGUACCCACUUCCUCAUCCCCUGGGUACAGAAACCCAUCAUUUUCGACUGCCGCUCUCGCCCCCGCAACAUUCCUGUGAUCACGGGCAGCAAAGAUCUACAGAAUGUGAACAUCACUUUGCGUAUCCUGUUCAGACCAGUGACUGCCCAGUUACCACGGAUUUUCACCAGUAUUGGCGAGGACUACGAUGAGCGUGUCCUGCCCUCAAUCACAACCGAAAUCCUCAAGUCUGUUGUGGCUCGGUUUGAUGCUGGAGAGCUGAUCACGCAGAGAGAGCUGGUCUCCCGGCAGGUGAGCGAGGACCUCACGGAGAGAGCGGCGACCUUUGGGCUCAUCCUGGACGAUGUGUCCUUGACCCACCUGACCUUUGGCAAGGAGUUCACAGAGGCGGUGGAGAUGAAGCAGGUGGCCCAGCAAGAAGCAGAGAGAGCCCGAUUCAUCGUGGAAAAGGCGGAGCAGCAGAAAAAAGCAGCCGUCAUCUCUGCCGAGGGAGACUCAAAGGCCGCUGAGCUGAUCGCCAACUCGCUAGCCACAGCGGGCGAUGGCCUGAUCGAGCUGCGCAAGCUGGAGGCAGCCGAGGACAUCGCGUACCAGCUCUCCCGGUCCCGCAACAUCACCUACCUGCCCUCCGGACAGUCUGUGCUCCUCCAGCUGCCGCAGUGAGCCCGGCUCUGCAGCUGUAGCUAGCCUGAUCGCCUCUACCUAUCAGAUCAGCCCCUUCCAAAAGAAUCUUUGCAAUUUCCUCACUGGUAAAAGUAGGGGAAAUGAGAAUUCAACCCAUUUUUAAUUCUUAAUCAAAUAAAACUGAACACUCUUGACAACAAACCUGCAUUCCUCCCAUGUGCAGUCAGAUCAGUGGCUGCACUGACCCAUAAGAUACAUUUGAGAAUUGCCCCUUUCCAGGCAGUUUGAGCAACAGGAGCAGAGUUUUCAUCUGUUCACUCCUGGGACGCGCCAGCAGCCCAGGUGACUCCCUGACUGCGCAAAUGCUGCGGCUGUCGGGUGUCCCCGUGACACUGUGGUGCCUUUAGGCUGGCAGAGCCAGGGCAGUACAGACUUGCAGGUCCUGGAUUAUGGAACAGGGACACUCGGGGCUCGCUCUGCGGUCAAACCCGUUUGUUUUCAGGUGUCAGCUGAGCAAGGGGACAUCUCAGCUGUGAGGACAGUGUGAGCCGUAGCAGUGAAAACUGGAGGCGCAGAUCGCAUGGGUUGUGGCAGGGGUGAGAUGAGCAGAGAUUCUUUUUCUGUAGUAGAUGGAUUUCAGGCGUGGAGAAGAUAUUUCCUCUGCAGGAAAUACUUUUCGUGUACAUGCUGGAAAUGGGACAUCUCUACUUCUCCCCCCACUGCAUGCUGCUCUGUUUGCUGCCACUUGCCCUGUUGUGCAGCGUUUGCUCCUUCACCAAGGUCAGUGAAGUUGGCAGGUGGCCUGUUCAGGUGGCACUUGGGACAAAGAGGGGACGACUGGGUGCUCUGUGGCUCAGGCAGCCAGAGGUGGGCAGAAUUCUCUGUUACAUCAAUGCUCUUUUUAUUUAGGGAAACUGAAUCGUGAGGAGGAUGUGAUGGGUGAGAUUGUAAACCAGCCUUCAAUAAACGUCAUGGUCCUGA